AUUUAACGAAUUUCAAAGCAUAAAACAAAAGUAAGUAUACAUAUGUAUGUAUAAACAGCAGUAUGACAUCAGCAGCAUCCAACUCAUCAAUGCCACUCUCAGUGCGAACCCAAACUAAAGGAACAAUAAGCACCAGCAAGCAAUUGGCAUAAAUUGGAAAAGCAAGUAAAAUGAGUAGGGAGGCAAUAACCGCAACACCGACUUCGUUUGCAUGCUAAGCAUUGCUCGCUGCAAAUUUAAAUUAUUUAAGUUAAAAGGCGGCACUCGACGUUAAAAGCAGAGCACUUAAGCGACGCGGAAGCGGUGGCACACACUCGACAGCCAACGGCAAAUAGCGAAAUGUCAGCAGUAAAGACGCGGCCCCAAUAGCGCAACGUCGAGUGUUGGCAAUAUAAAUUACCCAACAACUGCAGUCGUGCCGUUAAAAAUAUACUUAAAAAGAAACAAAAAAAAAAACCAAAUAAAAAGUAAAAGUAGCUAAAAAUCGAAUUUCAAUAAAUUAAAGCAAAAAAGGAACCAAUAGGAUUAGAAUUGUAUACAAUUCUCUAAGUAACUAAAUAAAUUACAAGCUUCGCGCGUGCCCAAAAAAGAAAACAAAAACACGGUACGACGUCGACGAAACCAUUUGACGUUCUCUGCCUUAUUCGACAUUAUUGAAAUUUCUUGCUCUCUGCCUCCAGCUCUCUAUUAGUCGGGAGAUUUGCAUUUUCCACACUUUCUUGCUGUUGCUUUGUUAACGUAAAUUUUACGUGAAUUCUUUGAAUGCCCCACCACACUGCCAUGGUGGCCGAUAGCGAAUUUCAGCUACGCGAUUUCGAUGGCGAAACCGAAGACUCUGACUCUGAGACUGAAUUACUCAUACGCCACAACGGACGCGGCCAACAAACGAAGCGAAGCGGGAGCAUUGCCACCUCACGCUACUAUCUCCAUGAUUACUCAACAUCGCAGCCGACGACGUCAGUGGCUUCAUCGUCGUCUAUCAGCGGCAAAGCGACGGGCUUCCUCAGCCAUUUGUUUGGCAACACAACGAACAGUCUUGGCCGCGCUGCCGGGCAAGUACGUCUCAGAAAUGAACGUAGUCGCGAGCGCGAUAAAUACGCUGCCGCUAGUGCAAGAACGCAAAAUCAACAAAUACAACAACAGCAAGCAAGAACAGCGGGAUAUAAUUUUGGCGGUUUUGAUACGGGAUUGGGUACGUCUGCGAAACUGGCGAAAUUGGCGCAGACAACGCAAACGUCGUAUCGCGGUGGCGGUGGUGCGACGAGUGGCGGGGUGGGAAGCGGUGUCACGGAGUCUGUAGCACUUGGUGUACGUAGCCAAAGUGGUGGCGGCGUUGGCGGUGCACAUAAACGUUUCGAAACAACAGGCGCCACGGUCGCGGCUAGUGAAAGUGCUAGUGGGGGUGGCGGUAUCGGCGGUGGGGCGGGUGUUGUGCUACAGCAGACAGUCUUAGAUGCUGAGAACGGUUCGACGACCGUAUAUUACCAGAAAAAUCGACGACGCAGUAAGGGCAGAUCGUUGGCAAAUUUAUGCAAAAUGUGCCUAUGCGGCUGCUGGCGCAAAUGGUUUGCACCACGCGAAUUACGUGCGCGCACCGUUCAUUUGGGCCGUGCAACCACGGAAAAAUUCCCACCGAACGAGAUACGAAAUCAAAAAUACAAUGUGAUCACGUUCCUGCCGCUCGUCCUGUUCGAGCAGUUUCGUUUCUUUUUAAAUCUGUAUUUCUUGCUCAUGGCAUUGUCACAAUUCAUACCCGACAUACGCAUUGGCUACCCAUACACCUACUGGGGACCACUCAGUUUCGUGCUGAUGGUGACAAUCGGUCGUGAAGCGGUCGACGAUUUGCGACGACACCAACGUGAUCAUGAGGUGAAUUCGCAAAAAUACAAGAGGCUAACUGUAAAUGAGACACCAGGUUAUGAGAUGGUGCCCUCAUCAAAAUUGAAAGUAGGAGAUAUGAUAAUUGUAGAGAAGAACGAGCGAGUGCCAGCGGAUUUAGUACUGCUGCGCACCAGCGACAAGAGUGGUUCUGUCUUUGUGCGCACCGAUCAACUGGAUGGUGAAACUGAUUGGAAAUUGCGCCUGGCAGUGCCGCUUACUCAGAAGUUGAACAAGGAUUCAGAUUUAUUCCAUAUUGACGCAAGCGUUUACAUUGAAAAGCCACAGAAUGAUAUACACUCAUUCAUCGGCACAUUCUCGAUGCAGGAUGGAGGCGAGGAAACUGGCCUUAAUGUGGAGAAUACGCUGUGGGCGAAUACUGUCGUCGCUGCUGGCACAGCUACCGGCAUUGUGAUCUAUACUGGCUGUGAAACGCGCAGCGUUAUGAAUAACUCGCAGCCGCGUUCGAAGGUUGGACUGCUCGAUGUGGAGAUUAACGGUCUAACUAAGGUGCUGUUCUGUGCCGUUCUCGGCCUCUCGCUCGUCAUGAUGAUGCUCAAAGGUUUCAGUGGCCCUUGGUAUCGCUAUAUGUUCCGCUUUGUGCUACUCUUCUCCUACAUUAUACCCAUAAGUUUACGUGUUAAUUUGGACAUGGGCAAAGCAUUCUAUUCAUGGCAAAUGCAAAAUGAUCCUGAAAUUCAAGGCACCGUAGUGCGUUCGACAACCAUACCCGAAGAGCUGGGUCGUAUAUCGUAUGUGCUCACUGACAAGACGGGCACGCUGACGCAAAAUGAAAUGGUCUUCAAGAAGAUACAUUUAGGCAUAGUUUCACAUGACAAUGACACAUUUCAUCAUAUCGGUCAGAUAAUACAAACACUAGCACCUACGAUACUGGCACAAAGUGCACCAGGAAAUGGCGCCGGUGUUGGCGGUGGUAAUAGCGGCGGAACUAGCGACCCGCAGACGCCUUUAGUUAUAACAACAAAACCGAUGUACUCGGGUAAUCGAAUGCGGCACCCGGAGGGUUGGCGCGAAUGGGAGGCAGUAAAGGCGUUGGCAUUGUGCCACAAUGUGACCCCAAUCACCGACGAGGAUGACAACAAAUCUGUGUCCACAUCCUCGACAUACACAUCAUCUGCAGGUGGUUCUACUUCGCCCACAAAAUCUGUGAUAAAUGUAGAAUCGAGCGCUACAGAGCACCAGUAUCAAGCGUCCUCGCCAGAUGAGAUUGCGCUGGUUAAGUGGACCGCUGAGGUGGGUUUGACGUUGAUUGGGCGCGAUAUUAACUCCAUGACACUGCAAAUGAAAACGAGAAAGUCCAAGGGUGAACCACAAGAUGGCCUACUGCAAUACCAAAUUCUUCAGGUAUUCCCCUUCACCAGCGAAAGCAAACGCAUGGGUAUUAUUGUGCGCGCUUCCGGCUCCGGUGAAAUUACAUUCUAUCUCAAAGGUGCCGACGUGGUCAUGUCCUCCAUUGUGCAGUACAACGACUGGCUGAGCGAAGAGUCUGGCAAUAUGGCGCGUGAGGGACUGCGGACUUUGGUUGUGGCCAAGAAAGUGCUCUCCGAAGAGCAAUAUAAUGACUUCGAAACUCGCAUUACCGCCGCACGCCUCAGCGUAAGUGAUCGCGUAGCCAAAGUGGCCGCCGUGAUUGAGUCUUUGGAGCGCGAGAUGGAGUUACUCUGCUUAACAGGCGUUGAGGACCGGCUGCAGGAAGGCGUGCGUCCAACACUCGAACUGCUACGUAACGCUGGCGUGCGCGUAUGGAUGUUGACGGGUGACAAGCUCGAGACCGCCUGCUGUAUUGCAAAAUCCUCACAGCUAAUCGGUCGCAAUCAAGGCCUACAUGUGCUGCGCUCGGUGACGACACGCACAGAGGCGCAUGUGGAGCUAAAUAACUUCCGUCGCAAACAGGGUCACGCACUGGUUAUUUCGGGUGAAUCUCUUGAGGUGUGUCUACAAUACUAUAGACCAGAAUUCCUCGAGCUUGCCACCGCUAGUCCGGCAGUGGUGUGUUGUCGUUGCAGUCCAACGCAGAAGGCCCAAGUGGUGCAGCUGAUACAACAUCACACGGGCAAGCGUACGUGCGCAGUUGGCGAUGGCGGUAACGAUGUAAGCAUGAUACAACAGGCCGAUGCUGGUGUAGGUAUUGAAGGCCGUGAGGGGCGGCAAGCUUCACUCGCUGGCGAUUUUAGCAUACCACAAUUUUCACAUAUUGCCAAACUAUUGCUGGUGCAUGGACGGCGUUCGUACAAGCGUUCGGCGGCGCUCUCACAAUUUGUCAUACAUCGCGGUCUAAUCAUAACUACACUACAAGCUGUAUUCUCCGCUGUCUUCUAUCUCAGCUCAGUGGCGUUGUAUCAAGGUUUUCUCAUGGUUGGCUAUUCGACGCUAUACACAAUGUUUCCCGUAUUCUCGCUGGUGCUUGAUCAGGAUAUAACUUCGACUACAGCAGUAACCUAUCCGGAAUUGUACAAAGAUCUAUCGAAAGGACGUAGUUUGAGCUACAAAACCUUCUUCAUCUGGGUGCUAAUCAGUAUAUAUCAGGGCGGUGUGAUAAUGUAUGGCGCGCUUAUACUGUUCGAAGAUGAAUUCAUACAUAUUGUGGCGAUUAGCUUCUCGGCGCUCAUUAUGACUGAGUUGAUAAUGGUGGCGUUGACGGUGCGCACAUGGCAUCGUCUCAUGGUGUUAGCUGAGCUCUUCAGCUUGGCCCUCUACUUGAUAUCGUUGGCUGUGUUGCACGAAUAUUUCGAUUGGGAGUUCAUCUGGUCGUACGAUUUCCUCUGGAAGGUCUCCAUCAUCACGCUUGUUUCUUGUUUACCAUUGUAUAUUAUAAAGUUCUUACGCAAGAAGUGCUCACCGCCAUCAUAUUUGAAACUUUCAUAAAUCGUUGAGCACCAACAUACUCCCUUUUUCAUACUUUUCCCCAAGUACAUAUUUUUGUUCAGAGUUUUCUUUUUUUGUUAUGUAACAAUAAGUAAGCUAAGCGUUAAGUUGACACGUUUGCCUUUUAGGUUUUAGCGAUAUUUUAUAUACCAUAAAUAUUAUUAAAUGCAUUUGAAGAGUCAAAAUAUUAUUUAAGGAAAACAAAGAAUGUCUGGUUGAAAAGGUUAAUUGAAAAGCUGGUAUUCUGCUUAGCACAUCUCAACCGAUUUCUGAUAUUUUCCUGCUAUAUGUAUUAAUAUAUUCGGUUUUGUGACGAAGAUUUUGACUUUUGGUUUUCAGCAGCAAUUCAUUUUGUUAAUUAAAGUAUAUUUAAAUAAAUAAAAAAUAAGCAUUAGCACGUUAAUUUUUGUAUACAAAUAAUUUUUUUUAUUAUUAUUAUCGUCAUGAAUUAUAGCUAUUAUUCUUGAGCACCCCGCUUCCCUCAAAAAUUCAACGAAACUUUUAUUACUGUUAAAUACGUUGUAUAAUUAUUUUAACAAAAAAAAAAAUAAUAACAAAAAUUGUAAAAAACUUCCGAGUCGCUUAUAUUUCGCGAAAACCACUAGAAGGCCAAAUGAGUGUACUCUUUAUCUCUUUAAAUUAAAAUUUGAAAAAAUUUCGCAGAAUUUGUGAGUACAGAUAAAACAGACUGUGUUGUUAGUUGGUAACGUAUGUACGUCGUAGGUGACUUUUUAAAACUAAAAAUAAAUUAUAAUAAAAGUAUUUAAUAUGACAUUGGCAUAAUUGUGUAGAGACGAACGACGACUGGCUAAUAAAGAGUGCGUCAACUAUUUUCUAAUCAAUGUUAAAACAAGAAAAUAUUGAUUUAGUAAAGGAACUAGGUUAGUUGCAGUGAUUAAGAAAAGUAGAAAGAAAAAUUAAAAAAAAAGAUAGGGAAAAGUUGAUAUGAAACAAUAAAACAUUUGAGUACUUUUAUUAUAAGCACACACACUCGCGUAUACAAACAAACAAAAAAAAAAAACGCUCAAAGAAGCGCUGGUGUGUGUUGCAAACUACUCUAAAACGAAAGUUGUUAAGCCAGUUUAUAGAUGUGUCGCAUGGUCGUGGAUGGGGUUCUUUAAGAAUCAAAAGAUAGUCGCAAUUUUCAAUAUCAAAAAAUUGAUAUACAUAUAUGUACAUGGACAUAAAUCCGUAAACUUGCAUUUUUAAUAAGUGAUUUAUGUACAAGUUUAAUUUGUGACCGUAAUCUUAUUUGUGGAGUUAAAAUAAAAAAUAUUCUAUUGGACAUUUGCUUUAAAUAAAAGAAAAGAGGGAUAAUAUAAAAUUUUAUAAAAUAAAUAACUAAAACUCUUAUAAAAAUCAUUUUUUUCUUUAAAUUUGAACAGGAUUUUG